CAGAAGGCGGAGCGUGGGGUGGAGCAUGCUGUGGCGAUGGAGCAGAAACUUCAGCGUUAAACCUUCAGUAACUGGAUGGACAAAUGUGAUUUUAAUCCAGAAACCAGCAAGGCGGCCAGAGAGAGGGAAUAAACCCCACUGAAAGAGCUGAUACCAGCGCCUGCUGCUGUUAACAUGUCGAGCACCUCUCCAGGUACACGGAAGCGCAAGGAAGAAAUUCAGAAAGGAUUACACUUCAUUCAAUCUCCAUUACCAUAUCCUGGAAGCCAAGAUGAAUACGAGACUUUCCUGCGUCAGCUGGUCAAAAACUUACUGGAAGAAGGGAAUGAGCUGUACAGAGCGACGGAUUAUAAACAGGCCCUGUUCCAAUAUGUUGAAGCUUUGAAUGUAGCCCAGUAUGCAGAAUCAGAUGAUGUUGUGAUCUCGCAGAGAUUGCUGGAGCACCUGUAUGUUAAUCGAGCAACCUGUUAUUUCAGUAUGGGUGUACAUGAGAAAGCGCUGGAAGACUGUGAAAGCGCUUUGAAGCUGAAUGAAAACAAUUAUCGGGCACUUUAUCGGAAAACCAGAGCGCUCAAUGAACUAGGGAAGCAUAAAGAAGCGUAUGAAUGCAUAGCCAAGUGUUCAUUCGCUGUUCCCCAGGAUGAAAAUGUUGUGAAAUUGACACAAGAACUAGCACAGAAGUUGGGGCUACGGAUCCGUAAAGCAUAUAUCAGAGCUCAGCCUGACGUAGAAACAGUGGGCCUGACACCAAUUGGAAAUUCAGUGAACAGCGGGCAUAUAUCCAUAAAUGGCACUAGCGAUAUAGAUGAUAUUGAAUCGGACUUGUCCUUGGAGUUUCCAUGUGCUCUAGGCCCGGCCAGCGCCCCCUCACUGGUCAGUGAACCCUCAAGCCCACUUCCAUCAGCAGGCCUCAGCAUCCAGCAGUCACAGGCAGACCCUGCCCCAGUCAAGGGCCUAGGCGGUGAUGGGGUCUCCCUCUCAGUGCCUGAAACUGCAGAUGAAUUUGCAGAUGAAGAAAUUAUUGGAGAAGACCUGGACACACUGUUGGAUUCUUUCGGAGGGGCAAAUGAAUUUCCGACGGCAUCAACAACAGGGACAGUUCCCACCAACCUGCCCAACGAUGUGUCCCGGCUCCUCGCCGUCUUACCCAGUGGUGCCCCAGUGCUUCCGUCUGCUGUGAAGGGUGAUGUGGGCCCAAAGGUGUGUCUUCCACCGGCCUAUUCCAUGCCUCCCGCCCAGAAGAUGGACACCCUGGACACUAUCGGUCCAUGCACAACUGUGAAUAAUCUAGAUUCCUUGGACCUAUUCCCUGGGACAGAACCUCAGCCCGCAUCGAGACCGAUGACGCCAAUCAACAAUAAGAGUGCGCCAAGCAGCUUCUCAUUGGGUAAGCAAGCGAGCUGCCCGGCCACACCCAGCUAUCCAGCCGCCUUCCUUGGAUUAGUGCAGAGAGGCAGCGAAUCGACUCCGUCGCCGUUGACAAAAAAUCCGCUCAGCGACACACACGAUCUGCGCCAGGCCUGUUCCAGCUGCUUUAUUAAAACAGGAGCUAAAGCAUUAGAUUAUAAUUAUAACCCUGACCUAGACCAUAAAUGUAAAAAAGAUCUUCUUAUUGGAAGACUGAAGGAGCUAACAAACUCGCGAUGGAAAAGACUCAGGCCCCGACCGACCCGGAAUAAUUACGGAGGGCCAUACUACUUGUGUAAAGAUAUAGUGAGUAAGGGGGACUGCAAGUAUGGGAAUCAGUGUACAUUUGCUUACUGUCAGGAGGAGAUAGAUGUCUGGACACUGGAGCGUAAAGGAGCAAUAAACCGCGAGCUACUCUUCGACCCACUAGGAGGCGACACGAGAUGCAGCCUCACCGUAGCUAAACUGCUGAAAGAACAUCUUGGCCACUUUAUGUAUCUUUGUGAGGAAUGUUUUGAUAGCAAACCCAGGUUAAUAAGCAAGAAGAUUAAGGAGGAUGCAUCAUUCUGUUCUAAUCCAGAAAUUGUGCACGAUUUUGAAGAGAAUAAGUGCCUGGUCCACAUGUUGCGUGCCACAACGGUUAAGUAUUGCAAGAUCCGCCAGUUCCAGGAGCACUGCCAGUUCGACGUGUGCCGGCAUGAGGUGCGCUAUGGAUGCCUGCGGGAGGACAGCUGUAACUUCGCCCACAGCCUCGUCGAGCUCAAGGUCUGGGUGAUGCAACAAAGUUCAGGCAUCACGCACAGUGAGAUUGUAGAGGAGUCUACGAAGUAUUGGCAGUGUGUGGAAGCAAGUGCAAACAAGCUACAGGUAUCAUCUAAAGCUGGCAAAGCAAACUCGCUGGGCAUGAAGAUGAAGUUUGUCUGCGGCCAGUGCUGGAGGAAUGGGCAGGUGGUGGAGCCAGACAAGAGCCUCAAGUACUGCAAUGCCAAAAUACGCCACGGGUGGACGAAAGAGCGGCGGGUGAUGCUGGUGAUGUCCAGCGAGCGGAAGAAGUGGGUUUCCAUCCGUCCGCUGCCGUCUUGCAGGAACAUCCCUCAGCAGUACGAUUUAUGUACACACGUGGCCAACGGGAAGAAGUGCCUGUACAUUGGGAACUGCUCCUUCGCCCACAGUCUGGAGGAGCGCGACGCCUGGACCUACAUGAAGGAGACCAAAAUGCACGACAUGCAGCAGGUGUAUGACAUGUGGCUGAAGAGUCAGAAGCCAAUGAUGACUGGAGGGGCGACCGAUCUUUCCACUCGGCCAGCUGAGAAGCAGAUCCACAUGCCCACUGAUUACGCUGACGUAGGGAUCGGCUACCACUGCUGGCUAUGUGGGAAGAACAGCAACAGCGAGAAGCAAUGGGAGAGACACAUCACGUCGGAGAAGCACAAGGAUAAGGUGUUCAACUCUGAGGAGGAUCAGAACUGCUGGCAACAUCGCUUCCCCAUGGGAGAGUUCAAGCUGUGUGAGAGACACAAGAAGAAGAGCUGUACCGACGGUGAUAGCUGCCGCUACGCCCACAGCCAGGCAGAGCUGAGCGAGUGGCUGGAACGCCAGGAGAUCCUGAAAAUGAAACUGGCCAAAGCCAAGAAGGACAUGCUGAUCACCCCGGAGGACAACGAUUUUGGCAAAUACAGUUUUUUGAUGAAAGACGUAAUUUAAUGGAUAAAACCGGUUCAGUUUAAUUGUCACUGAAACCUUUUCCAAUUUAAGGAGAACUGAUUUUGAUAACUU